AUGUUGAAGUUCAACCAAAGGAGACCGUUCCCAUUCUCAGACUGUAAAGGAAGGGAAGGAGCUGCAACAAAUAUUGUUCCCGAAGAAACCAAUGCGGGAGAGGAGAAAGAAAUAAUGCGCUCACAGAUGAAGAGUGGGGUUUCUGCUACUGCUACAUGGGCCUCUCAGGCUGUGCUGCCUGUGGGAACUGAGGGGAACUACUACUAUUAUGUGGAUGAGGAGGAGGAAGAAGAGGAGGAAGAUGAAAGGCAGCAGCAAAAUUCCUUUCAGGAGGGAAGCAAGUUCUCGACACCCUUUCCCAACCCCCUUGCCUUCUCCUCCAGAACAGCAGCAUCUGCUUCUUCCAUGCUGAACAUAAAUGUAGGUGGCAAAAGUUACCGCCUCACCUACCAGGCAGUGGCCGUCUACCCCAAGACCCGUCUGGGCCGCUUGGCCACUUCCACCAAUCGCAGUCGCCAGCUGGGUCUGUGCGAUGACUAUGCGGUUCAGGGGGAUGAGUACUUCUUUGAUCGGGACCCUGCUGUCUUCCAGCUGGUCUACAACUUCUAUGCCUCUGGGGUGCUGCUGGUGCGAGAUGAGCAGUGCCCACUCAGCUUCCUGGAGGAGCUGAGCUACUGGGGGGUGCGGCUCAAAUAUACGCCGCGCUGCUGCCGCAUCUGCUUCGAGGAGCGGCGUGAUGAGCUGAGCGAGCAGCUGAAGGUGCAGCGGGAACUGCGUGCUCAAGCAGAGUCCCAGGAGAGUGAGCAGCUCUUCCACCACAUGCGCUACUAUGGCCCCCAGCGCUGGUGCCUCUGGAACCUAAUGGAGAAGCCCUUCUCCUCUGUCAGCGCCAAGGCUAUGGGGGUGGCUUCCAGCCUUUUUGUACUCAUCUCUGUGGUGGCACUGGCUCUCAAUACCGUGGAGGAGAUGCAGCAGGUGGACAGGAAAAGCGGAGAGAGUCGCCCUAUGCUGGAGCAUGUUGAGACACUGUGCAUCGCCUUCUUCACUCUGGAGUAUCUGCUGCGGCUAGUCUCCACCCCAGACCUGCGCCGCUUCGUGAGCAGCCCCCUCAAUGCCGUGGAUCUCCUUGCCAUCCUCCCACUUUACCUCCAGCUGCUGCUGGAGUGCUUUGCCGACGACGACCAGCCUCGGGGCCGGGGCUCUCAGCACGAGCAUGACAUUGAGAAGGUGGGACGGGUGAGCAAAGUAGGACAAGUGCUGCGCAUCAUGCGCCUGAUGCGGAUCUUCCGCAUCCUCAAGCUGGCCCGGCACUCCACAGGCCUGCGCGCCUUCGGCUUUACCCUGCGCCAGUGCUACCAACAAGUGGGCUGCCUCUUGCUCUUCAUUGCCAUGGGCAUCUUUGCCUUCUCCGCCAUGGUCUACUCUGUGGAGCACGACGUCUCCAGUACCAACUUCACCAGCAUCCCCCAUGCAUGGUGGUGGGCUGCUGUCAGCAUCUCUACAGUGGGCUAUGGUGAUAUGUGUCCAGAAACUCACCUCGGGUGCCUGUUUGCUUUCCUCUGCAUUGCUUUUGGAAUAAUUCUGAAUGGAAUGCCCAUCUCCAUCCUCUACAAUAAAUUCUCAGACUAUUACAGCAAACUGAAGGCCUAUGAAUAUACAGCUGUAAGGAAGGAAAGAAGCAAGAUUAACUUUACACGAAGAACCAGGAAGAAAAUGUCCAACAGCAAUGCACCUGGUUUCUAUGUGUGA